GGGUAUUUACAACUUGAUAGGUGCUAUGAAUGUUGAUUGUAUUUAGUACUUUUUGUACUACUAGUCAAGAAGAAAUAGUUCCUCAGAUGUUUAGCAUUUAGCUUUAUGUUUAAGAACACUAGCCUGAGAGACCAUAUAGAUCAAAUCCUCCACUUUAUUUGUAUCAUGUUAAAAAAAUCAAAAUCAUAGCAACAAAAAGAAUCCAGAAUGUGAUAAAAUAUUCGUAAAGAUAUUUGUAAAGAAAUACAGUCAUACCUAAAACAAAUGGCAGUCAAUGAAAGAAAGUCUAAAAAGUGGAGGGAAUGGAUAAUAUGAAAUAAAGUAAAAAUAACCCCCAAACAUUUUCACAGGCUACGGGAAUCACAGAAGGGAAAAGAUAUAUGUCUAUAACAGAGUGAGGGUCUCUUUAAAAUAGAAGGACAAGAAUUUUAAAGAAAAGAUCAAAACGGGUGAAUUUUAAAUAUUGUACCCAUUAAGCAGUCAGUAUUAAACAAAAGCAUUGUUGAAAUAAAUGUUUUAAGAUCAAAGGGUGUAAAUUUCCGUACGAUUCGUUUAAAGAAAAAAGCUACCUCAGUCUUUGUUUAAAUGUUGCUGCCUGACAAGGAUUUUGUGAUUAAUUUUCUCUCAGGUUGAGGAAACAAGAAUUGAACAAAAUCAUUUGGAUGUGGGGUCUGGAAGAUAUAUGUAAUUUUCAACGUAUGUUACUCAUUGGACGAACAUGGGUUAAGGAAAGCCAGUAAAAUCAGAGAAUGUUGUCUUAUGGUAAGUCUUGACUUUUGGUUUGUAAGAAAACUUGCAUAUACAGUUAACUAACUUUCUGGAAUUAAAGGAGAAUAAAAGACACAUAACGUUAACCUAUGUGGACUCCUCCCCCUACCUUCCUUUUCUCUUUCUGUGCAGUUAGCUUCCCACGCUCGUGUCAGCUCUUGGGUUUCUCAGAGCAGUGUUUUCUCAGAGGGGCCUUGCAACGCUACUGUUGUACCCCGAGUUCCAGCCGGGUUCCCCGCUCCAGGAGCCCCAAACCCAGGCUCCGGCCAGCUCCUGCACCGAAAGCACCGCUGGCUUACGGGGCGUGGGAACCGGAGGCGCGGGCUCCCCUCCCGGCUGGGCGGAGCCGGGCCGGUUGGGGUAAAGGGGCCAGGGCCGCUCCGCAGGGCCUCAGGCGGGGGUGGGCGCUGCUGCGCUGCACGCGCAGUCAGGAACGCAGUCACAUCGCUCCCGGGCCGCGAGGGGACGACCGGGGGUCCACGCGGGGCCAGCAUCGGGGCGCGCCGGCACGCCCAGGAGCCUCGCCCCGCCCCGCCAUUCCCGCAGGUGGCCGAACCAGCCAGACCAGCCGAGCGCGCCCCUGCUCCCGGCAGCAGCAGGUGGCCCCGGACUUCCCGCUUCGCCGCAGCAGGGCGGGCAGCGCGCCCCGUCGCGCCCCAGAGCACCCCCAGCUACCCGCGCCCGGCGGCAUGGAGGCGGACGGGGUCCGGGAGGAGCUGGCCCGGCUGCGCUCGGUCUUCGCUGCCUGCGACGCGAACCGCUCGGGGCGCCUGGAGCGCGAGGAGUUCGGGGCGCUGUGCGCGGAGCUGCGCGUGCGGCCGGCCGACGCCGAGGCCGUUUUCGAGCGGCUGGACACCGACCGCGACGGCGCCAUCACUUUCCAGGAGUUCGCGCGCGGCUUCCGCGGGUUCCGCCGCGGGGGGCGGCACCGGGCCUGGGGGCUGCGGGAGCCCGCGCCGGCCGGGGCCCAGGCGGGGCUGGAUUCCGGGGACAGCGAGGAGAGCGAGGGCGAUGAGGACGCCACGGCGGCGCUGGCAGCACCCUGGGACCCGGCGAGCCCUGGCCGGGCUUGGCAGGACUUCCAGGCGCGACUCGGGGACGAGGCCAAGUUCAUCCCCAGAAAAGAGCAAGUUGGUACCUUGUAUCAAAACAUCAACCUUGUGGAGCCCAGACUAAUUCAGCCCUAUGAACAUGUUAUAAAGAACUUCAUCCGUGAGAUCAAACUUCAAAGCACAGAAAUGGAAAACCUGGCCAUUGCAGUAAAAAGAGCCCAGGACAAGGCAGCCAUGCAGCUGAGUGAGCUGGAGGAGGAAAUGGACCAGAGGAUUCAGGCCGCGGAGCACAAGACACGGAAGGACGAAAAACGCAAAGCUGAGGAAGCUCUCAGUGACCUCAGACGUCAGUAUGAAACAGAAGUAGGAGAUCUACAAGUGACAAUAAAGAAGCUCAAAAAGCUAGAAGAACAGUCAAAACAUAUUAGUCAAAAAGAAGAUGUGGCUGCAUUAAAACAACAAAUUUAUGAUUUAUCAAUGGAGAAUCAGAAAGUUAAGAAAGAUCUCUUAGAAGCACAGACGAACAUAGCCUUUCUUCAGAGUGAAUUAGAUACUUUAAAAAGUGAUUAUGCUGAUCAGAGUCUGAAUUCUGAAAGGGACCUGGAAAUAAUCCGAGAGUACACAGAAGACCGAAAUAGUCUUGAGAGGCAAAUUGAAAUACUCCAAACAGCUAACCGGAAGCUGCAUGACAGUAACGAUGGCCUACGCAGUGCCCUUGAAAACAGUUACAGCAAGUUCAACAGAUCCUUGCGCAUGAAUAAUAUAUCACCAGGGAAUACAAUUUCUAGAAGCAGUCCCAAAUUUAAUAGUCAUUCUCCUCAGCCUCUGGGCUAUGACAGGUCAUCCCGCUCUUCCUAUGUAGACGAGGACUGUGACUCCUUGGCCCUCUGUGAUCCUAUGCAGAGGAUGAAUUGUGAAGUUGACAGCCUGCCCGAGAGCUGCUUCGACAGUGGCCUGUCUACCCUGAGAGAUUCCAACGAGUACGACUCGGAGGUGGAAUACAAGCACCAGAGAGGAUUUCGGAGGUCGCAGGGCACUCAGGAGAGCUUCGGGGGUGAUGCAUCCGACACAGAUGUUCCUGAUAUAAGGGAUGAAGAGACCUAUGGUGCAGAGGGUGUGGCUUCCGUCUUAGACUGGAAGCCCCAGGGACCUGCUGGUGAGGGCAGCGUUUCUGGCUCUUCACGGAAGCCCAUCUCAGCCCUUUUGCCUCAGAUGGACACUGGGGAUGAUAGCCAUAAGUCUGCCAGCUCACAGAAGGCUUACAAGAUUGUGCUUGCCGGAGACGCUGCAGUGGGGAAGUCUAGUUUCCUCAUGAGACUUUGCAAGAAUGAAUUUCGAGGAAAUACAAGUGCCACCCUGGGUGUUGAUUUUCAAAUGAAAACUCUCAUUGUGGAUGGAGAGCGAACAGUUCUGCAGCUCUGGGACACGGCUGGCCAGGAGAGAUUCAGAAGUAUUGCCAAGUCUUACUUCAGGAGGGCGGAUGGCGUCUUGCUGCUCUAUGAUGUUACAUGCGAGAAAAGCUUCCUUAAUGUACGGGAAUGGGUAGAUAUGAUUGAGGAUGCAAUCCAGGAGAGUAUUCCAAUCAUGUUGGUGGGAAACAAGGCAGAUCUUCGUGACACUGCUGCAGCAGAGGGACAGAAAUGUGUCCCAGGCUACUUUGGAGAAAAACUGGCCAUGACAUAUGGGGCGUUAUUCUGUGAAACCAGUGCCAAAGAUGGUUCGAAUAUAGUGGAAGCUGUUCUCCAUCUUGCCCGGGAAGUGAAAAAAAGAACUGAUGAAGAUGACAGCAAAUCUGUUACCAAUCUGACUGGGACCAGCUCCAAAAAGUCAGCGCAGAUGAAGAACUGUUGCAAUAGUUAAAUCCCAAACACCCUUGGCCUGGGAGGUCUUCAUUUCCGGAGUCCUGAAUCCGUGUGACUUGCUGGCUUCUUCUAUGGAGUGGCGCAUCCUAAAGACACUGUCACAUGGAAAGCCACAGUGCAGGAAAGCUGUGCUCUUGGGCCUUCAGGAACCCCAGCUCCUCUGCUCUGUGCCAAUGAAUGAUUUGAACCAUCCAAUUACAUAUGUUUGUCUUGUCCUUAUAGAAUUUCAGAAGAUAAUGUGUAAAUGUUUUUAAAGUGGUAAAAAUUCACAUCCUCAGAUCAAAGCUUUAGGAGAAACUCAUGGACAUACUUAAAUUCAUGUGGCAACUGCCUUUACAGAUCACCUAUGACAACAUAUAUGUCAUAUAUGCAGUACUACAAAGUACUAGGAAAGGGGGGUUAUCGUCCUAGCUCUGCUGUUAACUUGCCCGGGGUCUUGGACAUGUCACCAGCCUAUGUUAGGUCUGUUUCCUCAUCUGUAAAGCAAGCAGCUUGGCCUCUGGGAUCCUGUAGCCCUUUGAGCAACGGGAGGGAGAGAACAGUUAGCACUCUGGUUAGUUGUACUUAUUAAAUAUUGGAGUACUGGUUAUUCUUUCUGAAAGAAGAACAGAAUUUAAUUGAGAAAAAAGGGGUAAUGUUUUAGGCUGCAGUGGAGGCAGAAAUAUCUAUCUUUUUAUGUAUAAAGAAAGAACACGUUUGUGACAAAAACAUUUGUAUAUAGAAGAAGGUAUUUUAUCAUCCCAGGAUACUUACAAAGUCCAUGGUUUAAAUUCAAUGUUACAAUUGGUCAUGAAAAUAUAAAAAGUCACAUCUUACUGGCAGAACAAUGCCCAGGAAAGUUGUCACUCUUCACUUAAAAAGGUGCACCAGCAAGUGGUUGCCAGGGGCUGGGGAAAGGGAGGGACAGGGAGUGACUGCUAAUGGGUGUGUGGUUCCUUUGGGGUUUGAGGAGAAUGUUCUGGAAUUAUAUUGUGAUAAUGGUUGCACAACUUUGUGAAAACUAAAAAUCUACUAAAUUGUGUACUUUGAAAAGGUGAAUUUUAUGGUAUGUGAAUUAUAUAUCAUUAAAAAAAUAUGCUAGCUCUUAAAAUGGUUUAACAUUUUGCUAACAAAAAUAUGCAUGCUUAGACCUUCCCAUGAUGUAAAAGCAUUCUCUCCCAAUAGAAUGCAAAUCCCUAACUCCCUAGUUGCCAGCAUUCACUUCCUUAAAUAAUGAGCAAUGAAGGAAAUGAUAUAUAUGGUUUUGGAAAAUCAUCUCUUUAAGAAGAGGAAUUGAGGUUAGGAGAGGUAUGUCAGAGGCCUUUCUCUAAUGUGCUAGUGACCCAUCCUCACUGAUGACCCUGUUGGUCUGGCUCUCCUACAACCUGGAAGUUCUAGACUCCCAGUGCCUCCCAGACAUCCCCAUGGAAAUGUCUCUAUGAGCCAAAGGAGUCAACACCUGACCCCAUGGUGGGUCAAUGAAGCCUGCUUUUUUGGUUUUUGGUUUUCAGUGGACUGAACCAGUAAGUUAUCCCCAACUGGAGGUUUAAAAUUACUUGGUUCAUACAGGUCCAGUCUCCAAGUAGCCUGUCGAAAAAACUUACAUAAUAGCUGUUAUUUAUUUUAUUAUAUAAGCUAAAAACAUUCCUUUUUGUUAAAUUAAAACAUUUCCAUGUAAUAAUUUUUCUGCUCAAUUUUUAUGAUCAAAGCUUAAAUUCUCUACCUUUUUUUAAAAUGAAAAUUGACCAGAUACCAUCUCUUGUGCAUACAGAUUAUAAUUAGCUAUGACAUCAUUUAGCUUUCAAAAGCAUACCUCCUCUCUGUUGAGGACAUCUCAUUUUUUACUAGUUUUGUCUAUCGAGCAACUCUGCCAUGGAUUCCUGUUCCCUGUUUCCUGUUUUUUGAUCCCAGAAAAAAAAGUUUACAUUUUUGACCAACAAGGGAUGCCUUGCUUCUGGAGAACUGUCACACUGAAUAGUGGUGGGAGUGGUUAUUUUUGUGUCAUGGUGACACCAAGCUUUUGCCACUGCUGUUUGCCAUGGUGGCAUCCAUGGAGUCCAGGUGAGAAAGGGCCUCGUAUCUGUGUGUUGACAGAGAGGACACAUGUUUGGCACAAUGGCACAAAGCUGUGUUAGUAUACAUGUUGCUAUGUUGCCUUUAUUUAUUUUCCCCCAAUGUGUCUCUCUUUAAUCAUCUGACAGUUUGUGUAUAGGAGUACACCUUUGAUACAGAAGUACUAUUGUGGUCUUUGCCUUUGGAUUACAUGGCCAGUACAUCCAAAUUGAUUUGGAAAUUAUAUCAGCACCUCUGAUAGACAAAGCAGUGAUCAUUAUUUGAAUCUAAAUGAAUAUUUUGGCUACAAAAUCCAAAUUAGGUUUAUUAUUCUGCUUAGCAAUCAUGGUUAAAGAAAAGCCAUGUAAAGCUCUUUCAGGCUGCAUUGGUGGGAAAUCAUCAUUAUCAACAAUAUUUAAUUUCAUGAAGGCAUUCUAAAAUUGAAGGCAUAUCUUUGAUAAGAACAAAAAUAUUUAAUGUUUUUAACUUAGACUUGAUUUGAUAUAUUCGCAUAGUCCUAUGCCAGUAACUCAUCAUGACUCAGUGUUUCCUUUUAAAAUAACAAUUAUACUAUACUCCUUUUUUAUGAAUGCUGACACAUUGGAAAAUAUUUUAAUUUCAUCAUGGAAGAGUGUUGUAUAAGGAGAUAUUUUUCACUGUUAACUUUUUAGCCUCAUGUAGUUUCAUAAUUUAUUUUUUCCACUUGCUGCUUUAUAUGACAUAUGUGACAUUUGAUUAUUUGAUACUAAAUGUGAUUUGCAUAAACCCAAGUCACACAAACCUCUUGUGGAAGAUAAAAUUGAGGUUAAAGAUAAAGAUUUAUUUUCGUAUUUGUACAGCAAUCAACUUUAGAGUGAUGGUUUUGUAGGCUUUUAUUGUAUAUGUGUAUAAGAAAUUUCAUGUGUAUAUAUUAAGUAGACCUCUGAGUAUUGAAUAAUUGUUUUAUGAUUUUGAUUUAUAUGGUUUACUUUUUCAGAGUAUUGGCCAUAUUUCAUUUGUGCUGUUUAUUUCUCUCCAAACCAUUAAUAAUUAUACCAUAAAGUGUAAUUUUUAUAGCAAUGCAAAUGUCUAAGGAACUACAAAUAUUUUCUGUAUUGUAAAUUCAAUCAAGUGUGCUUCUUUGGC